UUCAUUCGCACUCCCCAAAAGUCUUUUUCCAUCAUCACCUCACAACCUUCUUUCUCUCUCUAAAAUAUUCAUCUCUACUUUCUCUCUCUAGAAAAUUCCGUUCCUCGAUCUUCUCCGAUCAACCGCCUGCCUGCCGCCAUGGCUAAUGCUGCAUCUGGGAUGGCUGUUCAUGAUGAGUGCAAACUGAAGUUUUUGGAGCUGAAAGCAAAAAGAACAUUUCGUUAUAUAAUCUUUAAGAUCGAGGAAAAGCAAAAGGAAGUCAUUGUAGAAAAGGUUGGUGAGCCAGCUCAAAGCCACGAGGAUUUUGCUGCCUGCCUACCUGCUGACGAGUGCCGUUAUGCUGUCUUUGACUAUGACUUUGUGACCGCAGAGAACUGCCAAAAGAGCAGGAUCUUUUUCGUUGCCUGGUCCCCUGAUACUGCAAGGGUGAGAAGCAAAAUGAUUUACGCCAGCUCCAAGGAUCGGUUCAAGAGGGAGCUUGAUGGAAUUCAGGUGGAGCUUCAAGCAACUGACCCGACCGAGAUGGAUCUUGAUGUGUUCAAAAGUCGGGCUAAUUAAGACAUUGCAAUUAAAGAUCAUUGCCUUUUUGCUCAAGAGAGAUGUUAAUAGCUUGUGGGGGGUAUAUGUUUCCUUUGAGCUGCCUAUGAUAUGUUUCUGGUUCGUCGUUGAAGUGGUAUUUUCAGUACUCUAUAACUGUUUUUUGGUUUCCUCUACUUAAGUAGCAAAUUCAGUGAUCUUGGGCAAAUAUUUUGUUAUGUGUUUUAUGUGAAAACUUAUAACAGAUCUGCGAUAUUGAUGAUAUUACCUUUCGGUUUGCUCUA